UCUUCUUCAAAACCACCACUCGCUCCCCAUCUCAGUCAGAUCACAUACCAAAAAUGUAUAGGACGGCGGCGUUGGCAAGGCGCCUGCUUUCUGGUGCAACUGCUGGUAACAAUAGCAACAGCCGUAUCAGAUAUCUUAAUCUCCGAACUACAAUUAUCGGCUCUCGCUAUUGCACAGCGGUCAAUAACAAUCAUAGUUUUCCUCAAUCAAUCUUCAACCAAAACCAAACCCCACGUGCUAAUCUAGAAUUCCCUAAUCAAUCAGAAUCAACGUCGUCAUCCAACUGGUCAACAUCAUCAACGGCUGAGGAUGGUCGACAACGGCAGGAGAGACAGAGACCCAGGAUUGAGUACCAAGAACAGCAAGCUCGGGUUCUUGAAGCCUCCCUUCGCCACGUGUUAAGGUUGGGAUGGAGUGAAGAAGCUAUGAUUGCUGGAGCAAGAGAUGUGGGCGUUUCUCCUUCAAUUGUUGGAUCAUUUCCUAGAAAAGAGGCUGCUCUAGUUGAGUUUUUCAUGGAUGAGUGCUUACAAAAGCUUAUUGAUAGAAUUGACUCUGGAGAGGAGUUACAAAACUUGGUACCUAGUGAGCGCAUCUCUAAGCUCCUCAAGAUUCGUCUUGAAAUGCAAUCUCCGUAUAUAUCGAAAUGGCCCCAAGUCCUUAGCAUCCAAGCAUACCCAUCAAAUGCGCCGACAAGUUUUAAGCAGCGUGCAAUGCUGGUUGAUGAGAUCUGGCAUGCUGUUGGUGAUGAGGGCUCUGAUAUAGAUUGGUAUGUGAAGCGCACUGUCCUUGGAGGAAUAUACUCAACAACAGAGAUUUACAUGCUGACUGAUAGCUCACCAGAUUUCCGCGAUACAUGGGCAUUCCUAGAUGAUCGAGUGAAAGAUGCUUUUGAUCUCAAGAAAACCAUUCAGGAGGCAAUGUAUAUGGCAGAAGCUGUUGGUGCUGGAAUGGGGAACUCUUUCCAAGGAUUUGUAAAGAGAGUUUUUCAGAGGUGAACUAUGUAUCAAUGUCACACAUUUUCACUUUCUUACCCUUUAUAAUGUUAUCGCCUAUGAUGAGAGGUUCAAGCUAGGAGAAGAUGUCUUCAUGUUGAAGUACCUUUAGUGGUUUUGCAAUUUUUACUCCUUUUAAUAUCUGAGGUUGCUGUCCGAGGUCAACCAUGUAGCGAAUUUCCAGCCCUGUAGGAAUUGAUUAUUUAUCCUUUCAACAAUAAGAAGUUAAAGAUCAAAAUGAUCUUACAGGAAAUAAAUUUUCUCACCAUCUUCAAAAGCAA